AUGGCAUCUCUCUACUAUCUGGGAGCGAUCAUUAUCAUUCUUGGAUUAAUCUACGAGCCCUUCCUUCAUCAGAUUAUUAGCUUCCCUGUGGAACAGACGAAUGUCACUUCUCCAGACGCAACAAUAAAACAAGUGCUCGGCCUUGACUAUUUCAGCUUCUCCGACUACCUGAGAGACUUCACAGAAAUUGCACCUGGGAACCAUUCUGGUCAGUCGGCUGGUGUCCAAAAUGCGAGCAGAGCCAAUUCCACUCGCAGUCUUGCAAAUAUACUCCCUAAAAAAUUUGCUGAGCAGUGUGAAAUCGUGCACAAAUCGUGCGAUUUCUCCUUUCCCAAAGGCAAUGCUCUGCAGGCGACCUUCGAGACCGGUACCGAUGACGACUUUGGAUGUUCUGAGACAUUUGUGGGGGGCGAUGUCUUUCUGUCUCUGAACUAUACUCCCAUAUGGCCACUAUCGGUUGACACUUACAACUACACUGAUUCAGACGCCAUCACUCGAUGCUUCUAUCGCUCCAGAGAGUUUCUUGGAAAGACCAAUCCUCUUCUCGCUCCAGGCUAUGCUGCGCCGCUGGUUUCAACUCCAGAUAACGAGACAUCUCCACCGCAGAUCAUGUCGCAGGCUGCAAUGUGCAUUCCGACUCCCUGUGGUAGGAAAUACAAUGUGUCGGUUAUCAACGGGCGCUCUGAGACCGGCAACUUCAUCCUUGACGACAUUCCGCUCGAUUUACACACUGAGCCGAGCGGAUUCAUACUUAACAUCGAUAGUGCUCUCACGUAUCUCAAUACGAACGCAUCUUACACAUCCUGCCUCAAACCGCUCUCGGGGACCACCUUCACCGAGAAGACGUUAUCGACGUACGCUAGAUCUAGCUAUCUCUACCUCUAG